AUGGCCGAUUUGACACAGUUCUUCAAUCAAUGUGUGCAGAUAAUUCAGAAUGAUUUCGAUGAAUCGAAAAAUGAAACUGCUAACAAAAAUGACUCCCGUCAGGAGAAGAAAAUUGCUCCACUCGUUAUCAGAGAUACCUUCAUGAAAGAAUGUAAUGAAUUUUAUAAUGCAGCAGUUGAUUUAAACUCCUUCAUAGAAGCUAUCAAGGCACCGUAUCUAUCAUUGGAUAGCUCAAUUGACUUGCAAAAAUCCCUGACUGUACUUACAUUAGAACAAAAGAAUCAGAUUGAUCAAGAGUUCAAUUUUAAAGUUCAACAGAUGUUCGAAAAGUUAAAACUAUUGCAAACUUAUGAGACAAAGAGGGAAACGAUAAACUCGAAUAGUAAUGUUCAGAAGGGAUGGUUUAGCAAUGUUUUUAAUGAUCAACUUACAGAGCAAGAAUUAUUUGAAGCAGCAAUUGGUACCUACAGAACAAACAUCUUGAGGUUUCUUGCUUCUACUAUUAAAAAUGUCAGUAAAAGCUUUGAUACUAUCCAAAGGAAUAGAUUACAAAGAGAAAAGCAAAUUAAUUUAUUAAAUUUCCAGAAUUUUGAAGACGACGAAGAUAUCAUGGGGGAUCUGCUGAACUUUGAUAAUUUUGACGAUCAAAUGGAUGUACCUUUAGAGGAGGAACUGCAAGCACAGAUGUUGACUCAAGAACAAAUUUCAGAGCUUGAAACGGAAAAUAAAGAUUUUUUGAAAAUGAAAACUAAUCAACUUAAACAAGUUGAGAAAUUGCAUACUUCAAUGGUAGAUAUAAUUAAUUUACAGACAGAGCUUACGUUUCAAUUAGAAGCUCAAGGUGAUCAAGUUUCUAAUUUACUUGAAAAUCAGUCAAGAAUAGAAGUUGAUGUACAAGAGGGUAAUAGGUCUUUGAAUAAAGCGACAAAGAGAAACAAAAAGGGAGCUAACUUUUUAAUUACAAUAAUAACAUUACUUGGGUUUUUAAUAUUAUUUGUCGACUACAUAUCCUGGUAA